AUGUCUAAUGAGAAUAUCAUGUCCAAUAGUGGGAAGAUUUUGAGCUCACUAAAGAAUUCAGGUACUGAAGUAGUUCAAGGUGUGCAAGAAUCAUUACUUCUGAUUUUGAAAUUCAGUUAUGAUACUCUACCUAGAAAUAUUCAGGAGUGUUUCUUGUCUACUUCCAUUUUACGAUGGUUAUCUAAAGAUGAAUUGUUGGAAUUAUGGAUGGGUUUAGGCCUAAUCAACAAUUUACAACAAGCUUAUCCUACAGCAAGGGAGAUCUUUAAGAAGCUAGAGGAAUCAUGUUUAUUGCAGUAUUCUUCUGAUGAUGAUUAUGGUUUUGUGAGGUUACAUGAUUAUCUGAAUUAUUGGAAUAAAUCGCCCUUUGUUGAAAUACCAUCAAUCAAUGCAGAGAAUUGGAGAUUCGCGAACCGAGUGAUUAUAAGUGGCAAGAUGCCAAAGUUGACAUAUUUAGAGCUUUCAUCCAUUGAUAUCGGAGAGCUUCCAAAGGACAUCAAAUGUUUGGUUAAUUUGCAAUACCUAAACAUUUCAUUUACACAGAUCUCAUCACUUCCAAAGGAGUUGGAACUACAAAUUGAAUCAUGCCCACAGCUUGAGCAGAUUGUGAUGAAUGGAAGUGGGAAAUAUCUCAAAAAGCUCAAAAUCUCUGAUGUCAGAAAUCUGCAAAACAUUACUUUCAAGUCAUCUCAAUCGCCUCCAGAAUUUUUUCAUGCAUUGAAGAAGUUAGAAAUUUCAGGAUGUAAUUUGGAUAAUUUAGCUUUGGGUCCGCGAUCUCCAUGUCUAUCUUCUUUACAAAUAGAUGAUUGUGUAGAGAUAGAAAAAUUGUUUUACAUCGAGGAGGAGAGAGAAAUCCAACAACAAGAAGUCUCAGAACAUUGCACCAAUAUUCCCUGCAUUGGAAUAUGUAAGGAUAGAAAAGCUACCAAGAUUAGUGAGCAUAAGCAAUUUUGCAUUGGAUUUCCCUCGACUUGGAUGCCUGGCAGUGUCGGAAUGUCCUAA